AUGGCUUUCUCUAGGCAGGCGGCGCUGGACAAUGGAGCACCGACGCCGACAGCGGCCGCCGCGAAAGCAGAUCCGUAUCAGCAGAGGCGGGGAGCGUCCAUCAGCGGGGCUCUUCCACGCCCACAGCGAGCGCGCGCCGCCGCUCUCGCCCGCUGGCCAGCUAUCGCCGCCAGGCCUCCUUCCACCCGUCUUGGUACCAUAGGUUGUGACUGUCUGCUUACGGACGACACUGCCCGCACAUACAAGACCGCCGAGGUUUCGGACACAUUGGAAUGUGAAGAUACUGAACGUGUGGUAUAUCCUGCGUACUCCACAGACCUGAGCCCUAUAUAUCGUGCCUGGGAUGCUAUGGCAGCGGCCAGAGUUGGUUCCCUUGGAGGGCUGGGGUCUGGUGCGUCAGCGAGUAGGAGCAGAUGCCGGCCUAGGCCACAGCGCUGGACGCUCAGCCGGACAGCUGCCGCCGCCACCGCCACCGCCGCCGCCGCCUCCGCCAAGGACGCCCACCCGCUCACGGCUCAGAGCGGCCUCGCCACGGCACAGGUCCUGGCGUCGAGUCCCGUUGCGCGCUCCAAAUAUAGCCGCGCGCCACCGACAGUAAACAACAGCUGGUUCGCCUGCCCGCUGUCCGUCAAAUUGGUUUCGUCUCUGCCGACGCCGGUUCUUCCUGUUGCUGCAGUGUAA